CACCUCGGAUACCACACUCCUUCCCCUCGGUUCAUAGAGGUAGCACGACUAAUAGCCGUCAUCUCGGAGUGCUCAUUUCUUCUUAUUGAUGGUUAGAUUGUGUGAGAGAAGGAUGAAGCUGCUUGUAGCUAUUACGGUCAUUAUGGGAUCUCUGAUUUUUCUCGCUUUCCCAAAUGGCUCAUCCGCUGACGAGAAGAAGAAAGGUCCCAAAGUGACUGCUAAGGUGUUCUUUGACAUUAGAAUCGGAGAUGAAGAUGUUGGAAGGGUUGUCAUCGGAGUGUUUGGGAAAACCGUCCCCAAAACAGUUGACAACUUUGUUGCUCUGGCAACAGGAGAGAAAGGGUUCGGUUACAAGGGCAGUAAAUUCCACAGAGUCAUCAAGGACUUCAUGAUCCAGGGUGGAGACUUCACCAGAGGAGACGGCACUGGAGGCAAGAGCAUCUAUGGAGACCGUUUCCCUGAUGAGAACUUCAAGCUGAAGCACUACGGUGCCGGCUGGCUCAGCAUGGCCAAUGCUGGCAAAGACACCAACGGUUCCCAGUUCUUCAUUACCACAGUCCAGACUCCAUGGCUGGACGGCAAACACGUCGUCUUUGGAAAAAUUCUGGAGGGAAUGGAUGUGGUGAAGAAGAUCGAGAGCACUAAGACAGAUGGUCGUGAUAAGCCUCUUAAAGAUGUCACCAUCCACGACUGUGGCAAAAUUGAGGUGGAGAAACCAUUUGCAGUGGCCAAGGAGUAGAGCACUGCUGAGGAAGAACAGGGUAAAUAGGGACUGGUGGGUGUUGGAAAUCAUGCAGACCACCUUGUUUUAUCACAAGUAGCACCGUGGUCCUGGUGAAGGGGCUUUGGGUCAGUGGCUGCCGUCUUAAAGCACCAGAAGAGCGUAAGUCUCGAGCAUUUGUAACAACGCUUUGGGUCCAUUUUACCAACAAGCAUUCCAAGGUGCACUUAAUUGUUUGGUUAUUUUGUAAAAAAAA